UACAAUUUUUCUAAUUGGUUGCAAAGUCGUUGUACGACGAAAAUCGGAUGCAGUGUGAAUCCAGCAUUGGAGGCGGGAGCCAUUAUUUAAGGAAGAAGAAGAAGAGCUUUGCUUGUGUGUGCUACCAGUUGCGCCAGGCCGUCGACAGAUGGCGCUACCGUCGAGUGCUGCAAGCAAAUCUAAAGACAAAAGCAACAAAGCUAGAGUUGUUGCACAAGAGAUUAAGAUUGCACGAUUGUUAGCUAAUAAUGACAAAAAAGUCCGAGAUAAAGUACUAAAGAAACUCAAAAAAUGGCUAACGGUACGAUCACAGAGUUCAUUUGUAUUUACAAAGACAGAUUUUAUGAGCUUAUGGAAAGGUCUUUUUUACUGUAUGUGGAUGUCAGACAAGAUGUUGAUCCAAGAAGAACUGGCAGAGUCACUGAGCAAGCUUGUACAUUGCUUGAAAUCUAAAGAUACAAUUGUACUUUAUACUACCUGUACCUUACAGACGCUUGCUACUGAAUGGUUUGGUAUAGAUCAGUAUAGACUAGACAAAUUCUCUAUGCUGGUUAGGAGGAUUCUUCGUCAAACGUUUGUAAUCUGUAAAAAUCAAUCGUGGAACAUGGAAUGGGUGACAGAAUUCUCAAAAAUAUUUACGCAACUUUUUUUACAUGUAAAAAGCUUAGGAUUCAAUUUGCAUUUAACAGAGAUAUAUUUGGAGGAGCUUGCCAAAGCUGGUAAUGAAAAUCUAUCAGAGGAUGUAGUCCAAGAACUUAUUAAACCCUUUGCUGAGUAUUUAAUAACUACAAAUGACGAACGACAGAUGAAACAUAUCAUGCAACAUAUUUUCAGAUAUUUGAUAUUCCAAUCAGAUAUUGGUUUAGACUACAUGGAAAAAUUCAAUGCUUGGAAAAACGCUGGCUUUCCCUGCGCACGUAUAGAUGAUAUGCAAAAAAUGGAAACUGACACAGAAGAAGAAUCUGACAAUGAAGAUAAACAAUUUUCUGAAGCUAAACUAAAAAAUAAAGUUGAGAAGUCUUUAGAUCCAAGAGCAGGUAAAGUAGAUGUUGAACUACCGCAAAUACCUUUUAAUGCCAUGAAGAUUGCUGAAUUACUUUCAACAUAUAAAUUUCACCCAUCAUCAACGGCAAAAUCACGCAGGCAGCUUUCGAGACUUGUUGACGAAUUUACGAAAUUGUCACAGAGAAAGAUGCCGCUUGGAAUAAAGAGAGUCAGGAAACCAAAUUGUCAGAAAAAAGAGAUGGAUUCGAGAAAAGCUGCAAUGCGUCUCAUUAAGUUUGAGAAAGAUUUGCUCUCUGAUAAGAUGAAUAAAAAGCGAAAAAGAAAUGGAAAAAUGAUUUGUGAUGAAGUUUCUAUUAAUGAUCCGAAGAAUGGAAAUACUUUAGACUUGGAAACUGAUGCUAUUAAACCAAAAAGUAAAUUAACCGAUACACUUGCAAAGACUGAGUUGCAAGAUACAGAUGCAAACGCAGUACCAUUUAAGAAACGGAAAAAAAGUAAUUCAACUUGUGAUGUUUCUAAUACUAAAUCUGAUAUUACUGAGAAUAAGAAAAAGCUACGAAUAGAUACUUCCAAAAAGAGUAAAGCUGCAAAAAAAAAAUUGAACGGUGAAAGUAAGAAAUCUAUUGUUGAUAAAAAUAUAGAACAUAAAGCAAAUAAGGUAGUAAUUUCUGUAAAACAAAAAUCUAGUGUUUCAAAUCAACAUACUUCUGUCUCGCCAAUUUCUAAUAAAAAGGUCUUAUUAAAAGAAAUUAACAAAUCUGUAACCAAGAAAGAAAGUGAGAUGAAAAGCAAGAUUACAAACCAAAAAAUAUUAAAAAAUGUAAAUAACACUUUAAUUUAUAUAACACAUCAAAUAAAGAAGCAAAGUGAUUUAAAUAAAUUUGUGACAGAAAAGAAAAGGGUAAUAUUCGAACUCUCUCAAAACACAGCCCAACAUACAUCCCAGUAUAUUCAACAAGUUCGCAAAAGUCCAGCUAUUCCAUUUGAUGCAAGUAAAAAACCAUUGAACAGUGUGCUGAAAAUGAAUCCUAUACCAAGUCCGCUUAAUCCGUUUUAUUAUAAAAAAUAGUGCACAAAAUGUCAUGGGAUUUAAAACUUUGUGAAACUGCUUCAUAAGAAAUUUUCUAAUAAUUGAUAAAAGUUGAAUAUAAAACAGUGCAAG